GCCCCGCCCCGCCCCUCCCCGCGUCUCCUCCAAGAUGGCGAGCGGCGGCGGCGGGGGGGUUUCGGUGUCUGCGCUCUGGGGUGAAGUAAACCGUUAUGGCCAGAACGGUGACUUCACGCGCGCUCUUAAGACCGUCAACAAGAUACUGCAGAUCAACAAGGAUGAUGUAACUGCCCUACACUGUAAAGUGGUAUGCCUUAUCCAAAAUGGAAGUUUCAAGGAAGCCUUGAAUGUCAUCAAUACUCACACUAAAGUGUUAGCCAAUAACUCUCUUUCCUUUGAGAAGGCAUAUUGUGAAUACAGGCUGAACAGAAUUGAGAAUGCCUUGAAGACAAUAGAGAGUGCCAAUCAGCAGACAGACAAAUUAAAGGAGCUUUAUGGACAAGUGUUAUACCGAUUAGAACGCUAUGAUGAAUGCUUAGUGGUGUAUAGAGAUCUCGUCCGAAACUCCCAGGAUGAUUAUGAUGAAGAGAGAAAAACAAACCUUUCAGCAGUAGUUGCAGCUCAAAGCAAUUGGGAAAAAGUGGUUCCAGAGAACUUGGGCCUCCAAGAAGGCACACACGAACUAUGCUACAAUGCUGCAUGUGCUCUGAUAGGACAAGGCCAGCUGAGCCAAGCAAUGAAAAUCCUGCAAAAAGCUGAAGAUCUUUGCCGCCGCUCAUUAUCAGAAGAUUCUGAUGGGACUGAGGAAGACCCACAGGCAGAACUGGCCAUCAUUCAUGGGCAGAUGGCCUAUAUUCUGCAGCUGCAGGGUCGUACAGAGGAAGCGUUGCAACUUUACAAUCAGAUAAUAAAACUAAAGCCAACAGAUGUGGGAUUGCUAGCUGUGAUUGCAAACAACAUCAUUACUAUUAACAAGGACCAAAAUGUCUUUGACUCCAAGAAGAAGGUGAAAUUAACCAAUGCAGAAGGAGUAGAGUUUAAGCUUUCUAAGAAACAGCUGCAAGCUAUAGAAUUUAACAAAGCUUUACUUGCUAUGUACACAAAUCAGGCAGAACAGUGCCGCAAAAUAUCUGCCAGUUUACAGUCCCAAAGUCCUGAGCAUCUCCUGCCUGUAUUAAUCCAAGCUGCCCAGCUCUGCCGUGAAAAGCAACAUGCAAAAGCGAUAGAGCUGCUUCAGGAGUUUUCAGAUCAGCAUCCAGAAAAUGCAGCUGAAAUUAAGCUGACCAUGGCACAGCUGAAAAUUUCCCAAGGUAAUAUAUCCAAAGCAUGUCUAAUAUUGAGAAGCAUAGAAGAGUUAAAGCAUAAACCAGGCAUGGUAUCUGCAUUAGUGACUAUGUACAGCCAUGAGGAGGAUAUUGAUAGUGCCAUUGAGGUCUUCACGCAAGCUAUCCAGUGGUAUCAAAAUCAUCAGCCCAAAUCUUCUGCUCAUUUGUCCUUGAUAAGAGAAGCUGCAAAUUUCAAACUCAAAUAUGGGCGGAAGAAAGAGGCAAUUAGUGACCUAGAACAGCUAUGGAAACAAAAUCCAAAAGAUAUUCACACCCUGGCGCAGCUUAUUUCUGCUUACUCACUUGUAGAUCCUGAGAAGGCAAAAGCCCUUAGUAAACACCUGCCCUCAUCAGAUAGCAUGUCUCUAAAAGUAGAUGUGGAGGCUCUUGAAAAUUCUCCUGGUGCUACUUACAUUCGGAAAAAGGGUGGAAAAGUUGCUGGAGAUAGUCAACCAAAGGAGCAAGGACAGGGAGAUUUGAAAAAGAAGAAGAAAAAAAAGAAGGGAAAAUUGCCUAAGAAUUAUGACCCAAAGGUGACCCCAGACCCAGAAAGAUGGCUACCAAUGCGAGAACGUUCUUACUACCGGGGAAGAAAGAAGGGUAAAAAGAAGGAUCAGAUUGGAAAAGGGACCCAGGGAGCAACUGCAGGAGCUUCAUCUGAACUGGACGCCAGUAAGACUGUGAGCAGCCCACCAACCUCCCCAAGACCUGGCAGCGCAGCAACAGCAUCAGCAUCUACAAGUAAUAUCAUACCCCCAAGACACCAGAAACCUGCAGGGGCUCCAGCAACAAAAAAGAAACAGCAACAGAAAAAGAAGAAAGGUGGAAAAGGUGGCUGGUGAUGAGAACAUUCUUUGCAGGCUAUUUUUAGUCUCACUGACACUAGGAACAUAAUAAAGGUAACACAGCAAGAAGCACAGAGCUAUCCCUCUCCCAUCUCCACAUUUUCAUGAAAUGAUUUUCUUGGGUAUCACACAGGAAAAUACCUUGCUCAAACUGCCUAGUCAGACGUGGCCUACUUGUACCACCUAGCUUUGCACAGAUGAUAAGGACUCAAAAUAAUUGGGCAUUUUCCUACCUUGAUCUCUGUUGCAUUCUUUCUCUUUGUGCGCUGUGAUCUGGUGUUUUUUCAGGUUCACAAACAAGGCAUGUUAUCCAGAGUUUCCUAGGAUUUAAACAGAACCUACUUCUGUUUCAACUGGAGCCUGAAGAUACUUUUUCCUAUCAAAUCCCACUUUAAAUUAUGUCUUAGGAGGCCUUAGGAGACUGAAAGUGGAAUCUUCUGAGCAUUCCAUGUAUCUGCUUAGAAAUAUCAUGUGAUAAAAAGGGACCUUACUAAUACACUGGUGUUUUUCACUUCAUUACAUGAAUGACGACCGAAAAACUGAAGUAAAUGUCAUGAUCAGUUUUAACCAUAAAUUCUCUGUCAUGUGAUCCUGGAGUAUGGGAAACUAUAUAUACAUACUAAAUACAUAGUAAUGAAAUGUGUGUGUAUGUACAUAUACACACACACACACAUAUAAAUUAGGACUCUUUUGCACCCCAUAUUGUUUCCAGAUUAUGAUGAUAUUAUGCUGACAUUAGCCCCAUUAAAGAACUCAAGGAAAAUAUAUCAGUGUUGCAGGAAGUUGAACCCUAGACCCAGCGUUUUGAGGUUAGAUGGGUUGGAGUGUCUCAGAUAGAGAGAUUUAAUGGUCCUGUCAGGAGCAUGAACAGUGACUUCUAGGUAGAGAGGAAAUCUUCCAGAGUUCCGUAGUAGGCAACUUAACAGAACUUUUUGGCCCAGUCAAUAGAUACUAAAAUGAUUUGCCUUUGUCAUCUGGGGUACAACUAUUCAUUACCCUUCUCAAAGUAAUGAAGUGUAUUGUACAGUCAGUGUGGUGUCGGUGUUGCUCUGGUCUUCCUUGCUUACAUGCCACUUUCCCACUGAACAGCUAUGAGACAGGCACACAGGGAUGCCACCCUUGUUAGUAUUCAUUUUGUGCUGCCCAAGAUAGCAUUGAAUUUAGACUUUGAGUAUUUCCUUGUGAUAUUACUUCAUCCUUGUUAAUAAAGUGCUGCUGUGUUUGACUCUGAACAUAUCUAUUGAAACUUCUUCAAAGGUGUUUUUUAAAAGGCGUUCCUCCUUUACAAGAGUAAGAAAUGUGGUGCUGCCUAAUCAGAAUCUGCGGUAACAUCUAAACAAGAGACCCUCUUAUAUAUGAAUGAUUUAUUAUGACCUAAUACUUUUUGAGCUUAAAGAAUAUUUUGGUAAGAGUGAUGACUUAUUCCUUCUUAAUAUAUACCCCAUCGCAGGAGUAAUUGUUUGUAAGCUGUUAUUUAGGAUUCCAUUAAAUUUCUGUGGUGAAGGAUAAUCAUUUUUAGGUUAAUUGAGCCAGAAUUUUGGUGAAAGUUAUCCAUUGUUAAAAAUUUUGACCCAAGUAAGGCACCAACAGUGAAAUUUGUAUUUCUUUAUUUAGUCAUUGGAAUCACUAGCCAUUGUUACUACCAGUCAUUACUAAGCAACUGAAACCUCAAUUUAAAUAAGUCAUAAUUGUCAAAUGAAGUAUAAACAUUAAUUUUCUAGUAAUUAUUUCUUUUGGACAGGUCUUUAAUCAAGGACAUAUACUUUGUGUGUGAGUGUGUGUGUGUAUGUACAUUUAUAAAAACCAGUAUGGAUACAUCGAUUCACUGUGGUACAUUUAAAAUAAAAUAUUCUCUCAGUGUGUAU